AUGGCGUCUCGCGCAAAAACCGUUGCGCACCAAGAGCUACAACUUCCGUCGCAUCUCAAGCUUGAAAUCUUGGCGUGGGAGGUGUUCAAGGAGCAGUGCAUCGACGGAUCCGCCCUCCCGCUGCUGACCGAGGACCACCUGACCAACAGCAUGGGCAUGAAGCUGGGCCCGGCUCUCAAGUUCCGAUCGGUGCUGGCCAAGCGGAUCGGCCAGUGCCCGAUAUGCGUCCAUUGUAUUCACUGCCACCUGUCGGGAGUCGACAAGAAGGACUGACACUCGGACUGAUGUGCUAUGCUGCUAUAUAUAAUAGGACGAGGUCGGGAACAGCAAGAGACGAGUGCUGCUGAUUGAUUGAUUGAUUGAUGGAUUGAAUCCAUCCUCGAUGUAGUGGUAACUCGCUGAUGGCGCCGGGGCGAUACACUGCUGUACUCUGUACUCUAUUUAUAGUAUGGAGGAGAUCUCGGAGUUGUUCCGAACCUUGUGUGUGGUUUUUGUUUUGUUUUUUGCUGUGUGUUAUUGGAUUCCAUCGUGCGCUACAUUUUUCGUUUCUUUUUUCAAAAGCUUUUGUUUUCCUGCUGUGUUUCUUAUCAUAUUUGUAUCCGUAUCGAUUCUUCUGUUUCUUUGCAUGAUGAUGAUGAUGACAUGAUUCGAGGGAUCACGGGAAAUGUGAUGAAAAAUAUCGUAAUUAUUAAGGAUGAGCAGAGGAUCAAGUGUGCACCUCUGAAUCCAUCAGCACGCGACGGAAUGUAGAUAAUUGGUAGGACUUCAUCUGGGCGAAUUCGAAAAAAAGGGGAGGAUAUCCUGCUGUGGGACCCUGACAUAUACGGACGAUUCGAUUUAUUUAGGGACUCUUGAAUAGCCGAGAAAAUCUGCCCCGAAAUCUGGGAAAUUUUUCCAGAUAUACAGAUGCUUUUGAUGCCGUAUCUAGAAUAAUUGAGAGAUGAAUAAGUUUUUAAAGCUUGAUUGUCUCUUGAACAAAGUGAGCUGCUUUGUAUUCACAAGAAUUUAAAAAUAUUUUUUAUGAACUCAUCACUCAACCUCAUAAUGAAAACUGAUCAAGGUAAUUUUGUGAUUCUUUUUUUUAAAGUUUUUUUACUCUGAACGGUAUAGCAAAUAUUGUGCUUGUUCCUUAUUAUGCUCUUUUUCGUGCGGAAAUAUCAGGUUUGUGCGGUUUUCCUCUGCACAUUUUUUUAUGUACCUUGAAGUUGAGAAAAUUUUUUUUAUCCUAUUUGUGGAGGUUGUUUCUAUAAUUUUUUGAUGAACUCGAGAACCAAUUAAAAAAGUUAUAAUUUACUGAAGUGUAUUGGAAAACGUGAACCGACAUGCGGACGCUCUGACAUAGGGACAAGUUCCAGCAGGCACCAUUCAUGUCCGCAUCUCGGGGCACCACCUGGAAAACUUACGUCUUUCUCAUGCAUACUCGUAUAUAUAUCCAUCGAAGCAAUGGUUUCUUUAUCUUUGUUUCGUCAGAGCAUUCAGAUAUAAUUUUCGACGAGUGUCACAGAAAAAUAUAUUUACGGAGAUCAUGUGAGACCAUAUUUAUUUUGGAUUAAUGUAUACAGCUUGCACUAUGGGUCCCAUCUAUAUAAGAUCAGCCCCCUUUACUCCAACUUUGACGAGUUCACCCAGAUGAAGGCAAAAGGAGUCUAGUGUCAGACAUGUUAUGCUUUUUUUCUCGAUAUCGGACAGUUUUCGAACCGAUCAUUGAAAAUUCUGUUGUUUUUCUCGUCACCUUCGUUUUUUGUUGUUGCUUUGAGGGAAAACCGUUGUGAUAUUUACGCGCACCGCGUUGUCCGCAGGAUGGCGCACCUGUGUGCGAAUAUACAGGCAAUUUUAGCACGUUAUGCUGAAAAAUGGGUUGAUUUACCUUUUACUUUUCGUUCGGAUUCGCGCUUCGGAAUUUGUUGAUUGGCACUUUACCCGGUUCAUUAUUGGCAGCAGAACAAAAAAAGAGAUUUCCUUUGUAUGUUUGUCGACUUGCAUUUGUUGGACGAAU